AUGGGCCAAAAACACAGCAAACCGUACCGCAACCUGGGCAAUACUGGCAGCACUCAAGUUAAGCCAAAUUCCCAGCCACCAGAUCAGCCGCCUCCAGUAUAUGAUGAUUGCGCGAAGGCGACAGGGUUGCCCCAAGAUCAUGUUCUGAUCAUCAUCGAGAGCGUAAAUCUAAUCAUGAAAGAGGUGAUGGUAGAGCUUGAUGGCGAGCUCAAUGGCUCUCCUGAUGUACUCGCGGCUGCGGGACAUAUUCGCGAGAGUUGUACAGUGGCUGCCAGAACGGUUACCAGAACCAAGCUACCAAACACGGCCUCCGAAUUUUUGUUCGAUGAUAUCGAGAAGUGCCGUGCGAGACUUGUGGAACUGGGUAGCGCCCUUGUUACGGGUGUAGCAGCGGACAAAGGAGUGGCAGUUAGUCUGAUCUUUGCUAAUGCUGUGACGAAGGCUGCAUACGGAGCCAAGUCAGAUAGUCAGGACUACCGAACAGCGGCAUGGGCUGCUCUGGUAGGUAGAUUUACGCACGAGCUUGCGGCGGGAUUUGCAGUUAAUGAGUGGAAGGAACUACAUGGAGCUUGGCCAUCUAAAAUUGGUGUCUUGUUCCGGGGAUUUAUUUAG